AUCUUAGGCCAGUCCCGAGGAUUCUCCGGCUUCUUCUAAAAAUCAACCGCCGUCAAAAUCGAUUCAAAGCGAACCGGAGAUUGAAUGGAAGAUGCAGCUGCUCCGAAUUCUGGAUCCGAAUUUAACCCAGGAGCAAGACGCGGCAAAUCUAUCGAUGAAUGCCAAGACAUGAUUCGUAGGAGUUUCCGAAACCCAAUUGUGAAGUUUCUGAUGGAGCAAAUGGAGAAAUCUGGGUGUAGAGUUGGUGAUAAUUUCGUUAAGGCUGUUGUUUGUACUGGACCUGUAGCUGGAGGUUACACUAAAGGAAGAGGGAUUACUGUCUGCAGUAACUAUUUGACCAUUCAAGAUGAAGUCAACCAAGUAGUUAUACAUGAGUUGAUUCAUGCUUAUGACGAAUGCCGAGCCAAGAAUUUGGAUUGGACUAAUUGUGCUCAUCAUGCUUGCAGCGAGAUACGUGCAGGUCAUCUAAGCGGCGAUUGCCAUUUCAAGAGAGAACUCUUGCGGGGUUUCAUUAAAUUAAGAGGGCAUGAACAAGAAUGUAUAAAAAGAAGAGUGUUGAAAUCGCUUCGUGGCAACCCGUAUUGCUCGGAAGUAGCUGCUAAAGAUGCGAUGGAAGCAGUGUGGGAUACUUGUUACAAUGACACUAAGCCUUUUGAUAGAGCUCCUUGAAGGUAGUAAGUCUAUUACACUCUCAAAAGACUUAUUAUUGCUUCAAAGUUAUGUGUUCAACUUCAUCUUUGAAGAUCGAUAUAAAGCCGGAAAAAACUGUUGGAUUCAGUCAUUGAUUUUUUCCCCAUGUAUUUCUCACAAUCCAACCUUUUUGGCCAAGUUAAACGAUAGUAUUUGUUUAGAUUCUUUAUAUUGUUGUUUGAAACAAACGAAAAGGUCUAAUACAAAAAUUUUGAUUUC